GAUACUGAUUCUUCUCUUGGCAAUCAUAAUAGCAUUAAUUCUGUUUUGCAUCAUAGUCUUCUGCGUUUGCAUCUGCGGUAAGUCACACCCUAACUCUACACAUAUAGGUAAUGUAAGAAUGUAAGGGUUUGAAGAGGUGUAGAAUAUCUUUCUUUACCAGGUUACCUCAGAUUAAUUAGGGUCACACCCUAACUGCAUCAUAGGUAAUUGAGCACACAAGCGAGGCACGGCAUAGCUUUCUUGACCUGGGUUACUCAGACUAAUGUCACACCAUUACUGAACACGUGUUUUAUAUUGUGUAUCUGGAAAUCCUCUUCACCAGGAGGCGAUGUUGUACUAAGUCAAAGAAGAUCUCCCAUGACAGCGAGGCUAUUGAGCACCCUCUCUCCACAGAGACAAACAAUGAUCAGCCAGCGAUGGCACCUAUUGAAGAGAAGACUGAGAUCUGGACAAAUACUUGCUCGACAUUGAGGUAAGGGGAGAAUACGUAUACAAGCGGAGAUACUAGCUUUAUUUGUCUCUCAGGGAAGUGACGACUCUCCUGCACUGAAGGAAAAUGCCUUCUUUUGAUCCAAUCUUGGCUGAAGUGUUUGGAGAUUACGUCACACGAUGUCACUCCAGUGACAACAGAGACUUCAAACAUCAGUUUACAGUGAUGCAAGACUGUGGUGCAGGCUUUUCCACAAUUGCUGGAUCUAACACGAGUCUGCAAAAGCUCAACAGAUAUAAAAAUAUCAUGCCAUAUGAUGAUAACAGGGUCUUCCUCAUGGCAGUUGAAGGACACACUGAGUACAAAGGAGACUACAUUAAUGCCAGUUACAUUGAUGGAUACAACUUUGAGCACAAGUUCAUAGCAACACGCAGGGACCACUGCCUAACACAACUGUUGACUUCUGGAGGAUGGUGUGGCAGGAGAGGUCUCAGAGCAUUGUGAUGGUCACCAAUCUGGUGGAGGGAAAUAGGAUCAAGUGUCACAAGUACUGGCCAGAGACUGGGACGCUGUCCUUUGGUCCCUUCAAUGUCACCAUCACAGGACAACAGAUACUGGCUGACUACACCACUCGGGAGUUUAGUGUCCAGCUGGCAGAGAGCUCAGAACCAGCUCUGAGUGUGACUCAGUUCCAUUUCACAGCCUGGCCUGACCAUGGAGUGCCUGACUAUGCCACGUCACUUCUGGCCUUCCACAAAAAAAUGAAGAAACAUCAUAAGGGAGGAAUGGGUCCAAUUAUUGUCCAUUGCAGUGCUGGUGUUGGGAGGACAGGGACUCUGAUAACUAUUGACUGUGUUCUUGAGCAGCUGAAAGAAGAGGAGAAGGUGGUGGAUAUAGCUGGUGUCAUCAUCCACCUCCGCACACAGAGAAUGAAAAUGGUCCAGAGCUUGGAACAAUAUAUCUUCAUCCAUGAUGCUAUCCUUGAGGUCCUGACAUGCGGUGAUACCCAAAUCGAUGCCUGUAACCUCCGCAGAGUUACUCAGAAAAUGACUGAAUGUGACACACAAACCAAUCUCAACGAUUUUGAAAAGCAGUUCGAGGUACUUGAGAAGGUUUCUGUAAAGCCAGGAGAGAUUGCAAGGAGCGAGGCUCUUCGUAAUCCCACCAAGAAUCGGAGUGAUGACUACCUCCCUGGUGAUGCCUGGCGUGUGGCACUGAGAGGAGAUCUCCAGACUUAUAUCCACGCCGUUUUUGUUAAUGGUUACAAGCAACAGAGAGCAUUCAUCAUAGCUCAGAGUCCCAUGGAGUCCACAGCCAGAGAUUUCUGGAAGAUGGUCCAUGACAGGAAGUGUGGAGUCAUUGUUAUGCUCUGUGACUUGGUGGAAGACGAACAGGAGACGUGUUACCAGUAUUGGCCUCAGACUGGACUGAUUCAGUUUGUGGGCUACACAGUUGAUCUGAUGGAGGAAAAGGUCAUGGAGGGAUUCAUCAUGCGCAAAAUAAGCGUCUACAGUGAGAAGGUAUUAAGGAAAGUUGUCAUAGAUGGUAGAAAAUAUAUUUGGGGUUCUUUUUAUACAGGCAGGCAGUGCCCACCAGGUGGUUCAGUUGCACAUGACUAACUGGAGACCUGAUGGCAGCUGCUCUCACCUGGCCACUAUCACCAGUGUGAUAAAUGAGAUGUCUGCCAUUCAGAGAAGAGCCGGCAACAAUCCUGUUCUGGUCCACUGCAGUGACACAGUGGGUAGGUCAGGGAUGUUUUGUGCCAUAGUCACCACCAUUGAGAGGUGUAAGACAGAGGGAGUGGUGGAUGUGUUCCAGGUGGUCAAGGCUCUCAGGGUACAGAAACCUGGAGCUGUCCUCACUGUGGCCCAGUAUCACUUGUUGUUUGAAGCGGUUUUGGAGUACCUAGAGUCUUUUGAUACUUACUGCAACUUCCUAGACCUCUAGUGACUCUAUCAACCAAUGAGCUGCACAGAAAUCAAUACACUAUAUAUACCUUCCAAAAUGCUUAGUUGUACUGUGUUAUUAUUAUUAUUAUUACGAUUCAUGUACACACCAGUGCAAAGAGAAAAGAAGAAUAAAUGAGUGACUAGCACUUAAACACAAGACCAGUAGGUAAUAAAAAACAUGAAUUAUAGCCAUGACAUGAACGAAUAAGUCUUACAGAACAGGCAAUGUUGUACUCUGUGUCUUUAAAAUAUCUAAUAUGUUUGGCACCAUACAGACAGUUGUAACCAGUAAAAGAAGGAACAGAAAGUGAAGACUCAAUAAAAAUAGACCUUAUG